GAAACAAAGUUUUACUCUUCGACUGAUCUGCUUCUUCAUAUGGCUCCAGUUUUCCGCCGACGCCGAAAUAGGAUAAUAAGGAUGACACUCAGAGGUAUCUUAAUGCUUGGCGUUCUUUGCCGACUUACAAAUGUUGCCGCAGGUGCUGCAUCGCCUCACGUUAGUUGCAACCGGACGUACAAGAAGCUUGGCUGCUUUAAAGCAAACUCCAAACCAUUAGACACCCUAUUGAUAACUGACCGAGGCAAAGUGGAUUGGGAAAACUGGGAAGCUUACGUUCACAGCCUGGCCUGCCGUUGUACCGAGGCAACACGAAAGAGAGGCUUUACACACUUUGGGCUGCAGAACUUUGGAGAAUGUUGGAGUGGAUCUGAUGCAGAUAAACGGUACAAGCGUGAUGGCGAAUCAGACCAAUGUGUAAUGAUUUUUCAACAACCGUUUUCACUGUGUGAUAACCUGGACGACCCUAAGGAGUGUGCGGGAUACCCGAAUGUAAACUAUGUCUAUCGAAUUGAAAACGACGAUGAAUGUUCGAAGAGUCCGUGCAAAAACGGUGCAACUUGUGUCAACACACUGAAAGGUUUCGACUGUAAAUGCCCGCAAGGAUUUAAGGGAGCUCUGUGCGAUGAAGAUAUAGAUGAGUGUUCAAACAGCCCGUGUAAAAACCAAGGCACGUGCGUGAACACGAUUGGUGGAUUCCGUUGUACGUGUCCACAAGGAUUCAAAGGCGAUCUCUGUGAUGAAGAUGUGGAUGAGUGUUUGAAUAACCCGUGUAAAAACGAAGGGGCAUGUGUCAAUACGAUUGGAGGAUUCAGUUGUAAAUGCCGACAAGGAUAUAAAGGGGCUCUCUGCGAUGAAGACAUAGACGAAUGUGCCAAUUCUCCUUGUAAAAAUGGCGGAAGUUGUAAGAACAACCCCGGGAGCUUUACUUGUACAUGUCAACAGGGAUUUGAAGGCAAACUUUGUGAUCAAGAUGUGGACGAGUGCUCGAACAACCCGUGCAAGAACGGGGGGACUUGUAUCAACUCGCUUGGAGGAUUUAGCUGUAAAUGUCAACAAGGAUUUAAAGGGGCUCUGUGUGAUGAAGAUAUAAACGAGUGUGCACUUAGUCAACCCUGUAAGAACGGAGGAACGUGCAUAAAUAUCGUGGGUAGCUUUGAAUGUAAAUGCAAAAAGGGUUACACAGGGACAAAUUGCGAGGAAGUUCUAGAUCCAUGUCAGAGCAGCCCAUGCCAACAUGGAGGAAGCUGCGUAAGGAGAGGGCGUGGUUUUAAAUGUAAAUGUGUCGCAGGGUUCCUUGGUAAACUCUGUGAGAGAGAUGAAGAUGAAUGUAGAAAGAACCCUUGUCGUAAAGGUUCCACGUGCGUUAAUAACAUAGGGAGCUUUCAGUGCUUGUGUCCCCCCGGAAUGCAAGGGAAACUGUGUGAACAAGACGUGAACGAGUGCCGGCAGCAGCUGUGUUUAAAUGGAGCUACAUGUGUUAAUUCAAUUGGUGGCUUUCACUGCAAAUGUAAGAGUGGAUUCAGCGGAAAGUUUUGUGAGAAUGAUGUUAACGAGUGUAAACUUGGCUUCGACCCCUGUAAAAAUGGAGGGACCUGUGUCAACAAACACGAUGGAUUUCAGUGUCUGUGCCCACCUGGCAUUACAGGAAUGCUGUGUGAUGUUGAUGUAAACGAGUGCAAGCAACUUCUAUGUAGAAACGGCGCUGCAUGUAAGAACACGCUUGGGAGUUUCGAAUGCAGAUGUAAGAGUGGGUACAGUGGAAAGUUUUGCGAGAAAGGAACCUGCUCCAAUCAGGGUCAGUAUGACCUGGGUCUGAUCAUCGACGGCGGUAGAAGCGUUGGUAACUAUGGUUUCGUUCAAACUAAGUGGUUUCUCCUACAACUAAUUUCCCGGUUCUCUGUGAACUUACGCAAAACACACUUUGGAGUAAUACUAUACAAUAACAAGCCCCGGUUAAUCUGCGGAUUUACAGACGCGACUUCUUACAACCCAGUCCUCCUCAAACUGAAGAUCUUGGCUAUGGAGUUCCCGAAUGGAGAUGUAAGAACUGACAAGGCACUGAAAAUGGCGGGAGAAGAGUUGUUCAAAGCAGGAAAAGACAGACAAAACGUCCCUGAUGUGCUACUCGUGAUUGUCGAAGGGAAAACUGAACAAAACAGCGAGCCAUAUAAGGAUGUUCUAACACCUCUUAAGGAUCGUGGUGUGAAUAUCAUAGCUGUUGGAAUUGGAGAUCAAAUUAGCGUGGAUGAGUUGAAAGAGAUCGCCUUGGGAAAAAGUGACAACGUCAUACACGUUCAAACAAUCGGUGACCUUAAAGCUCAGGAACUCAAGGAGAAGAUCCUGAAGAUAUGUUAGACAGAAUAUAUCGCUACAACGAAAAGCAACUGACAAUAUAUAAGAAACAUUCUGUUUACAACGGGGAACAUAGCAUCUUUCUAUAUGAAGAGAUUUCACUUGUUUGAUCCGUUUCUUCUUACGAUAAACAUAAACUACUUCUGUGAUGGUUAUAAAC